UUGAGCUGGUGUUGCCCCCGCUGCUUUCCUUACCCGGCCGGGACUUUCUAUACUAUUCUCUCCCAUGCCUCGCUCCCCCACUGCCAUUAUAAUUCCUGCCUGCCCGUGUAUUCCCUCUACGCAUGAUUUGUUCUCCUCCAAUUCCUCCAAUUCCUGCAUCCUCACUCAGGUAGGAUCUCUACGUUGCUGUUCAGGUCCCUUGUGUCUCAGUCCUCAUCGUCACCCACUGUCCGUUCUGGAAGGUGGUCAUGACAUCGCAAGCUCCAAACUGAUGUAGUACUCUGCUCAAUAGUUCCGACAGUAUCGGUGUAGUUGUGAAUUUGCAAGAUGGCAGAUGUGAGCAUUCCAGUGAGUGAACCAUUCAAUGCCAAGAAGGGAUCACCCUACAACAACGGAGGGUUAGCUCCCCGCGCGUACGACGAUGCACCUCAGAAAGGCCACCGAGUCCAUCACUGCCUAAACUUCAUCGUGCGUUUGCUGACAGCCAUGGCUUCAGCAGCAGCUCUUACCACCAUGGUCAAAUCCAACCAAGGGCCAGCCAGAUGGAGAGACUUUUGGGCAUUUAAGUGGUUUAUUAUUGCUAACGCUAUAGUGCUGACGUAUUCAACAUUGGCGGCCCUGGCAAGCUUGCUGGGAGAGUGGACACGAAGAGGACCUCUCAGUUCCACCCCGCUUGCAUGGCUCACUUUCCUCGUUGAUUUCUUGUUGGCGAAUGCGCUGAUGUCGGCUGCAUCAACAGCCACAGCAAUUUCGUGGGUUGGACGGAAGGGACAACCAAACGCGGGAUGGGAGGCACAGUGUGUAGCAGUGGGAGGAUUCUGCAGGCGGGUGUUGGGGGCGCUUAUAGCUAGUUAUAUCGGAUGGGUGCUGUUGGCGCUAUCCACAAUCCUGGCCGCAACGGCCAUUCACAGGCUCCGCCGAAGAAGCGCCGUCGCCAACUGAUUCAGUGGUGGAACUUAAGAAUUAUGCUGUUGCGGCUGCAGCGAAGGUGCGACAACAGAGUGGAGGUGUGGCCAGUGAUGGUGAAAGUUUUGUAGUCAUGACAAAUGAAGGGUCGUCGUCGUCGUCGUCCUUGUUCUUCUCUUGUUCGCAGAGUAGCUAAGUCUGUAGUGCUGCUGCAGAUGCAUGCACCACAGUAGUGGUUCAGACACCCUUCUGUUGUCGAUGGGUUCUUGUCUCGCUCCUUCUGUGCAGUGUACAUUCCAAUAUUGUACAUGGGUUUUUUCUAAAAUUAUCGCCUUUUUCUUUCUUCAAAAGAA